GCGCGGAGCUCAUAGCAGUUCCUCUGCUAUCCACACCGUGCGUUAGGACUUGCGCAAGUGCUGCACCAGGCCGGGCCGUGCAUGAACGGGUGCUAAGACGGGAACAGCAGACACAGAGAGAAUUGGUUCUCAGUAAGGGCUGCUAGGAUGGGGAGAAUAGGAGGAUCCCGCCUCCUUCCCUGUGGAGCCUUGUUAGCUCUUCUCUGCCUGGUGGGCCAGGCGAGCGCGCAGAUCCCCGUAAAUAUCACGCUAUUCGGUUUCUCCACCCCCAACGUUACGGUCUACGGGCAGUCCACCAGCUUCGUGGCCACCCUCACGGUUGACCCCGGCAACCCGCUCCCUACGGGGAACCUGCUCUUCCUAAAUGGCAACACCAUCCUGGCCACUGCCCCGCUCGCCACUGCCGGCCAGGCCAGCGGCAACCAACUGCUGGUGAACUUCCAGCCGCCUUUCAUACUGUCGGCAGCGCUGUACAACCAGCUCAACGUGAUCUACCCGGGCAACACUGCGCUGGUCAACAACAUCAGCACCACUUGGCUUGCAGCUGCGACUCGCCCCAACCAGGCCGACAAAGCAUUCCUCAUCUUGCCGGCGAGCACAUCGCUGAGUUUUGUGUCGUCUCCGUUCACGCUGGCCACUUUCACGCAGUCCUUCCAGCUGCUCAUCAGAAAUGUCAACAACACCAACCAGCAGCCGCAAGGCUUGGCCACUGUGCUGCUCACACGCACUUCCCCAUUCGUGCAGACGCUCGGCACAUUCAACCUGGUGCUAAACGGCAGCCCGACAGACCCAAACCUCGAGAUCGGCAGUCUGCCCUCGAGCUUUGACGCCAACAUUCUGCUGCCGAGUCCCUCCAAUCUGACGGCGCAGUUCUCCUACUUCCCCACGAGCAACUUCACCAAGCCGUUCGACCUGUUUGUGGGCAUUGCCAUCACGAAUGUGACGGUGCCGGCGCCGCCGACGCCGCCGACCCCCCCAUCGCCACCGCCGCCACCGUCUCCGGCCGUGGUCCCCCCUCCCCCGCCACCGCCGGGUGUGGUUCCCCCACCGCCGCCGCCGCCGGCAGGCGUCCUCCCCACCGUCAUAACGCUGCAGGUGUAUUGGGAGGCUAUCAAGGACCUGUUCAAGGACUGCAAAAAGCGCAACCUCAUCUUCACAGCCUCCGUGACCGGACCCUCCCGCAAGCAGGUGCCGACGACGGGCUUCAUCAAGUUUGAGCUGCUGCCGGGCAACAUCACAAUCGGACAGGGCGGUGUGCUCGUGGACAGCGCUCAGGGACUCGCGGUUGUCACCAUCGUCAAGAGCCCUAAGGAAAAGGGCAUCUAUGGCAUCCCCCCGCUGGGCGAGUGGCAGGUGGUGGCCACCUACUCUGGCAGCGCGGACGGAGUGUAUCUGCCAUCGCGCGCGAUCGCACCUCUUUACAUCUACGAGACAUGCGACAAGUACGGCAAAGCCAACCUGUUCGGGGACAAGUACGAGGGGGGGUCCUACAACUACGGCGGUGGUAACGGCUACGGCGGCGGUGGCGGCAGCAGCGGGGGUGUUCUGGGCGCCGUAAUCGAGGGGCUCACAGCGGAGGGAGGGUCCAAGCUGCCCGUUUACGGCAAUGGCUACGGCGGGAAAUACCCGGAUGGCCACUACUACCCGCCAGGCUCGUACUACAACGGUGACAACCAGCCGUACACAGGCCCGGGUGCUUACUACGAUUACUCAUCCACCGGCGGCAUCCCCGCGCAGACCACCGGCUCCUUCACCACCUUUACCGCGGCCGGCGGCGUUCCCUCUCAGCGUAUCACGGAGGGAGGGGUCAUCGAUGACUCAUCCCCGGCAGCACGCUGCGGCGCCCAAGAGUCUGCAGAGCAUGCAAGGGAUGACAUAAUCGACGACUUGUCCCCCCGGCUCGGCGCCUGUCUGCCAGGAUCCAAUGCCUGCCAACUUGAACUGGCCUUCAGGUGCUUUGAAGUACCUCUGUUCCUGGUAGCCAUGCUGCUGAUCAAGGGGUACGCCGCGGGCCCGGUGGCCGCGCAGGUGGCGACCACGAUUGGCUUUUUUGACGUGACGCCCGUUACGGUUUACGGGCAGCCACCGACGUACCGCAUCGGGUUACCGACCCCCACGAGUAAUCCUACGGCCCCCAGCGCGGGGAACGCCGUCUUUCAGAACGCCACUAACACUCCACUCAUCAAUUUUCCCCUGUCGUCUGCGACCUUCAACCCAGUUUGCACGUCCACCUCCUGCGGCAAUACCUUCACCUUCACAGGGUUUUCGGCUUCGGGACCCCUGCCAGCAGGGGUUUACAACAAGGUCGCCGCUGCAUACACCGGGGGGACCGCAAACGGCGUCACUUUCAACCCUGUGGAUUCUCGCACUCAGGGCCUGCCCGACGCUGUUUUCCAAGUCCUGCCGGCCAGCACCCAGUUCUUCUACAACCUGACGGCCUUCACGCUGUCAAACUUCACUAGCGCCUUCAACAUCAACGUGACAAACAUCAACGGCACUAACGUGGUCCCGGCCGGGGCGGCAUACGCGGUAUUCACGCGCAACGAGCCGACGACGGCAGUGAUCGGAAACUUCUCGCUGACUCUCACACCCGUGGGACAGAACAGCGUCAACCUGAAGCUUCCCGCCAGUUUCGACGCAGCUUCCCUGCUGAGCGUGGGAGCCUACACGGCUGUGUACACUUACUACCCCACCCCAGAUUUCACCACCCCUGUGCCGCUCACCAUCAAUUUCAACGUUGUGGAGAACCCGACCCCGCCGCCGCCGUCGCCACCGUCGCCCCCCGGUCCCCCCACCGGAGCCCUGCCCACCACAAUCACCCUCUCGGUGCCGCAGGACGGCACAGUCAGCAUCGCGCUGCAGCCGGGCGGAUUAGUCAUCGGGUCCCAGGUGGUCUACCCCGAUGCCAACCUCGGUAGCGCCGCCGUCACCAUCACUCGCCCGGCAGACGGCGCAGCUUACGGAUACGGCGCGCACACCGUGGUGGCGACCUAUUCAGGCAGCAGCGACGGAGUGUAUCUGCCGUCCGAGGCGACCGCAACGGUCCACAUCCCCGAGUGCACCGGCAAGCUCAGCGAAAUCGCGCACCACGUCGAGGGAGUCGCCGAGGUGGCCAAGGAUGUGAUUGUGCCGGAGCCGUACUUCACCCCCGGAAACGGGCAGUAUUAUGGUUACGGGAACGGCUACUCCGGCUACGGCUACCCGCAGGGUGCCUACCUGCCAGGCCAGACAGCUGAGGGCAAGUAAGCAAAUUUUUAUAUGAGGCGCCUGUUUGGAACUAGCAGCAGCCAUGCAGCCAUGCGCAUGCAGCCAUUAUCUGAAGAUAACAGCGGCCACUUCUGGUAAUAUUGAUUGUCAAAACACUCCAAGAGGCUUCAAUGAAUGCAGCCGCAGUUGUGCCGCGCUGAGAAACGAAGCAGUUUGGAAUGAAUGCUCGGUCACAAGCUGCCUGCGGGCAUGUGCGGGCAUGAGCAGAAGAGAAUAUGUGGAUUACUAAACCCGGCCCAAAUGGUUCAUAUGCGCCAGAGCCUUGAACCCCAACAUUUAGUGUGGCGGUUAUAUUUUGUUACGGCUGUGAUUGCAACCCUUGCAACUGCGCAUGCCAGGUGGAUUUUCUGCAAGUUUCACUUGCGUAAUUGUAACAAACGGAGAGCAUAGGAGGUGGCACUCCUCGGAUGCUCUCUUGUUGAACACUUCCUUUGCACCCACUUGCUUAAAUCUGUAUUCUUGAAUUGCCCCCUAGAAGAAUGUAUGGAGCAGUCUAAGGGCUUGCAGGCUUUUUGCCCCCAAUGCAGCGCUAUUAGCGCUCAACUUAUAACCGGCGUAACCGGAACUGUUUUGAUCAUUGGAUAUCCGGUACAGGGAAAGCAUGCGGGUUCGGUACUUGAGAUUUGAUGAGUUGUGAUACAACACCAGGCUGUAAACUUUUGUAGGCCCCGCAGACGUGGCUGCAGACGCCCUGGGUGUAUGUCCUAUGGCCUUUGGCUUUGAGUUUGCCGACCACAGCUGUACUAAUAAUUGAAUAUUAUGGUGCUGAGCUGGUAUGCGCAUUUGACCUCAGGGCCUGCACUAGCACUCAUGGUUGGGAUGGACGCAUAUGAUAAGAUAUGACCGUUGCAGCAAGCAAACAUUAAAAAGCAUCUCG